CAUGCGCUAAUAUCACUGCAGAAACAUGAUUGCCAGCCUGUUGUAUUAUGCGCUCUACCCACUGUCACGGUACGUGGCUGGUCGACACUCCGAGGCCUCGAAGACGGGUCUUCCUCCUGCACAGGUUAAUGGCAAGGCAGUGUGGGAUGGUGGUGCUGUCACAACCAGAAGGGUCACCGAGUUUCAGAAAGCCCUGCUGGACCAGGGGCUCAGCCCAAGCAGUGAGACGGAGAGAGGGAUGAAGGAACCCAGAGGCCCAGAAAAGGAAGAUGAUACGAGGUCCAAAGAACAGCUCGUGGCCGUCCUGCAUGAAGAAACAGAGAACGGGGCCGUGUCAGCGAUGACUGAGGUGAAAUCUACAGAAGCAGGGACAAGAAGUGGACUGCAGCAGGACCAAGUGGAAGCUCCUGAGCAAAAAGUUGGGGAAAUAACUAUUCACCAUGAGGUGCUCCAGAUGAUGCAAAAUACAGAGGAUGGAAUUAUUGUUCCAACUUUUUUCAUCAGUCCAGAAAAAAAUAUUGGGGCACAAUUAGAUUGCCUGCAAAAGGAGGACAGCACGGAAGAAACCACCAGUCCAGUGCAGGAAAAAAUAAAGAUGCUAAGCUUGGAAGAGUCAGUAACUCCAGCUGAGCAAAGCAGUAAAGCGACUCCGGCUAAAAGUGCAGCUGGAGUAACCGAGUGCUGGGAUGAAUAUUGGGCUCCGACUGCUGAUGAAGCGCAUGGUGGGGAAAGCGGCUCUGAGCUGUCAUUUUCCUGCCUUCUCUCCAACACUCAUAGCCAUCUUAAACCCAGCGGGCAGCAUGAUACACAAACUAGCUGGCACUUUCCUGCAGGACCUGGCCUGGCCAAAGAGGUGCACUGUCCACUGUGGCAAUUUCCUGUCGCGAGCUAUUACCCGCCAAUAGAGCUGACCGUUCCAUUUGAAGUGAUGUGGAGAGUAUGGGAGGAGAUGGAUGAGAGCGCCACUGCAGCAGAGCCCUUGCCGUUCACCAAGGCCUCCAUGGACUUCACUGUGAUGUCUUACAACAUCCUCGCUCAGGACCUACUAGAGGCCAACCAGGAGCUGUACACACACUGCCCCCUGGAGGUGCUCGACUGGAGCUACCGCUGCAGCCUGCUCCUAGAGGAAAUACAGAAAUGGGAACCAGAUAUUCUGUGUCUCCAAGAAGUUCAGGAGGACCACUACAAUGAACUACUGCACCCGGUCCUGUCUCAUAUGGGCUACACCUGCGUGUUCAAGCGGCGUACGGGGACCAAGACGGACGGCUGUGCUACGUGCUACCGUAGCGGUUGCUUCUCUGAAGUCUCGGUCACCGCGCUGGAGUUCUUCAGGCCUGACGUAGGGCUGCUGGACCGGCACAACGUGGGCAUUGUUUUGUUGCUUCGGCCAAUGGUCAUCAAGGGGUCAGAGGUCAAGGCGAAGGGCCUCCCCCUGUGUGUGGCCAACACCCACCUGCUCUUCAACCCCAGGAGGGGUGAUGUGAAGCUGGCUCAGUUCGCCAUAAUGCUGGCAGAAAUCGACCGCGUCGUCAAAUCCUGUAAGGCCAAUGGCGAAGACUGUAACCUUAUAUUGUGCGGGGACUUUAACGCUGUCGCCCAAAUGUCUCUUUACCAGCUGAUCACCACCGGCGAGCUCUACAUCCAGGGUCUACCAGCAUGGAUGAUAUCCGGUCGAGAGGACCAGUCACAAAACAGCCAUUGUCACAGACUGUAUGCCCCCCUGUGGCCCAGCUCGCUGGGAAUCACUGACCACUGUCAGUACACAACAGCUAACGACAUGUUGAAGAGUCAGAAAUCAGGAAAAUAUCAGUACAGCCACGACUUCAUGCAGCAGCUGCGCUUCUGUCCAGCGGCAUGCGUCCGUCCUCUGGACUUAGAGCUGAUCCCAGGAGUGACAGACGACACACCAGAUGCUUCAAGGGGAAGUCAACCGUAUGAUGAAAGUUACAGGUUCAACCACACCAUCAGGCAUCGGUUAGACCUGGAGUCCGUCUACAAACACAUUCUUCCGAGCUUUGGCAAUCCAGAAGUCACGACGCUGCACUCUGAAGGCGGAGCUACUGUGGACUACAUCUUCUACACCCCGAGACGCAACUUAACCUGUAAUCAAAGCGCUGGUGACUUUGUGAGUGCGGGUCUGAAGCUGAUUGGUUCUCUCUCCCUCCUAUCGGAGGAUGUCUUAUGGUCAAUGAGGGGCCUGCCCAAUCACAUGUUCCCCUCCGACCAUCUCAGUCUUUUGGCCAAGUUCCAGCUGGACCUGAAUGCUGCAUGAUGGGAAAGACGGGGUGAUGUCAGAGGAUGGGCAUGUUUCUGUUGAAAUGGUUCAGGAGUUGCUCUGUUUUGCUAUUUUUGUUUGUGUUUUUGUCAUUAUUAAUACCAUAACGUCUGGCUCACUCCUUGCACCAAAGGCUCAUAGCUUCCUAACUGAAUGGAAGUUUGUUCAAAAAGGACCAGAAAAAAAUAAUGGAUGCCAACAAUCAGUCUUGUUCCACAUGGUUCUCCUCAGAUAAACGACAUAAAGAGAUAAUGCACUGACCUGCUCAGCUGCUCUUUCGCUUUUUAAUUUAUUUUAAACCUAAUUUUCAGAGAGCGAGUUAGAUUUGUGAUUGAGUCAGUUGUAUUUUUUUCGGAUGGUAAAAAUAAAUAUUUUCCAUUA